UGUACCUCAUGACGCAUUUUACCCCAGCCUGGAACAAAGAGAUUCAACGUUUAUUUCCAUAUUGUACUACAUGAGACAAUUACAGAUGAAGAAAUUGCUGACCUUUCCGCGACUACUUCUUAUCGUGGCUGGUCUGUUGAUACUGGUGUAUAUAGGCUUAGAUAAACAUAUUUACAAGACAACUACAUCUUCCCACCAAGGUUUACGAAGUAAAGUUUUUUUAAGAAAUGGAAGCACCACUGAAAAAAUACAGGCUGAAAGAAUGGAAGUCUUGAAGAGUUACUGCAGGAAGAAAGGCACAAAAAACACGAAAUUACCAUCUCGAAGACGUUUUAUUGUUAGUGAAAGAUAUAAGCUUCUAUACUGCCAGGUCUUCAAAACUGGAAGCACAACUACAUUAACCAUGUUGCAUAACCUUGAGCACGGUGAAAGAAGAAAUACCCAUGAUAUGAGGGCUUUACUCGAUGACUUACCUUUUAAACGGCUCAAUACCUAUUCUGAUGAUGAAGUUCGGAUUCGCUUGGAGACAUACACCAAGCUGAUCAUCGUUCGCAAUCCUCUCGAAAGACUGGCGUCAGCAUGGGAGGACAAAUUUUACUACGCACCGUCACGAUUUGGAUAUCGAAAACAAUACCACUCCAUGUUGGAAACACUUUCCUCAAACACCUUAAAGACAAAGAUUGGACUUUCGAGCACACUACCUGAAGGCAGCGACAAUAAGUCAUAUCCAAUAGUUCCAUUCCCUGCUUUUAUCAAAGCUGUUGGUACAAACAGAACAGACUGGCAAGAUCCGCACUGGCAGUUGAUCUCCGACCUAUGUGCUCCUUGUCAUAUUAACUAUGACUUUAUCAUACACACGGAAACAUUAGCAGAAGACUACCCACUGUUCUUUAAAAAUGCUGGAAUCGUCGGGAGAGAAGACCAACUCCCUGAAGUUCGACAGAGGAAAGGCGAUACCUUGUUUUGGGACUUUUAUAAACAAAUACCUAUAGAAGACUUGUGGCGGAUAAAAGAGAAGUUUAGGGUGGAUUAUGAGAUGUUUGGAUAUGACUUUAAUGAUGAUAUUAGACGAAUGUUGGGUCGUUAAAAAUGAGAAUUAUUUUUGCUAUUAUUUUUUUUUUUUUUGGCUUCUGAA